AUGAUCGAUUCGCUGGAGGACGGCGACACGGACCUCCUGGGCACUGCGAACCGCAUCCUGGAGGUCGCCAACACGGGCGCGGGCAAGGUCGUGGACCUCAUCGAGCCGCUCGUCCCGGAAUCGAUGGACAUCUCGCGCUCCACGCUCGACAUCGCGGUCCGCGGCAUCCUCCUCCUCCUCGUCGUCUCCGUCGCGCAGAGCGUCCUGAACAUCGCGCUGACGCUCGGCGCCAUCGCGGGCGGCCUGUACCUGUACGGGAGCAUGGGGAAGGCGAAGUAG